UCCAAAACGUUAAUAUCCUUCCCUCUCUCCAAAUCCACACACUCUCAUCAGUUACACUGCGAAUCACCGCAAAAUCGUCGGUUGUUUGAUCGAUUGAAUGGCCGCGGCGGAGGAGUCGAGUGAUCUAUCGAUGAUCGACGAGGCGUACGAGUUCUCGGCGCCGCGAUUUCACGAUUUCCUGGCGGAGGAGACUCCCGAGGAAGUUCGUAGGGCGGAGCUCUGGUUCGAGAGCGCCCUCGCGCACGCCCCUUCUCCAUUUAUGCCUAGAAUCAGAGCUACAAGAACAGUUCAACAGAUUCUUUGCAAUUUCAAUGAAGAACAGCAAAUGCAGAAGGCGCCAAAAUCAUCUGAGAGUGCAUCAAAUUCUGCUCAAGAAUCAGCUCCUACAUUACAUAAAGCAAAUGCAAUUGCAACAGAAGCAACGCAGGAAGUUCGAACUUGUAAGGAAAUUGAGAAGACAACAACACCUAAUGCAGAAAGCUCAUGCACUCUGCAAAAACAAAAUAUUGCACAAGGCUCUGUCCCCAAGGAAGCUGCUGUCCAAGGUCCGGAGAUUUGCUGCACUCCAGCCCCACAAAAGCCGAGGGAUGAUAUUAAGCUUCAGACAGCGAAAAAGAUUGCUAGUAUGCUGAAAAAUCCUUCAGCCAUUAGUUCAAAGAAACAGCUACCGAAAUCACAAGCAAAGAGUGCUAAACCUUCUAGUGUUAGAAGGGACACAAAUGGUAAUAAGAACAUCGCCGGAACUCUCAACUUUGCCCAUGAAAACCGUGCCAUAAAGAGGCAAAAACUUGAUGGAGGAAAGUCUAGACAGAUUCUCACAGUCAACAAACCUUUGAAUCUGCCUCACAAAACAAGAACUGGAGUGGUCAGCAGCAGCUCCAGCUUCGGCCUUGCAACUGCUAAAACUUGUAAAGAAGAUAGAAAGAUGUACGUUCGUGAACCAGCAGCGCCAUUUGUUUCCACGGCAGAAAUGAUGAAGAAAUUCCAAUCAGGGACAAGAGAGGUGUCUUGUUCUCUUUCUCAGAAGCCUAAGCUUACACUGACAAGGCCUAAAACACCUGAAUUCGAAACGUCUCAGCGCUUGCGUUCUGUUAAAAUCAAAAGCUCAGCAGAGAUUGAGGAAGAGAUGAUGGCUAAGCUUCCUAAGUUCAAGGCUCGGCCACUAAACAAAAAGAUCUUUGAGGCCCCAUCUUUACCACCAUUGCCAAGAAGCACGCCCCAGCUUCCAGAGUUUAAGGAAUUCCGUCUAGAAACAAUGUCACGAGCUACUCAGAAUGCAGAAACAUCUACUGUGGCCUCAGUUGAAUCCACAGAGAGCCAUCAAUGGAAACCAAGUCAUCUUACUAUUCCGAAACCACCUGUUCUUCAAACAUCUCUACGAGCUCGCCCUCCCAGGAUCAAAAGUUCUGAGGAGUUGGAGAAAGAGGAGCUUGAAAAUAUUCCACACUUCAAGGCAAGACCAUUGAAUAGAAAGAUAUUUGAGAGUAAAGGGGACAUGGGAAUCUUUUGUAACAUGAAGAAGCAAGUUACAAUUCCACAGGAAUUUAAUUUUGCCAUAGAUAAAAGAAUCCCUCCUCCACCAACUGCUGUUGUAGACCUCUUCGAUAAGCUUUCAUUAUGUUCGGAACCUCAACGUGAGAAAAUGCUCCCAAGAAAUACUACACCAAGUCCAUUCCAUCUCCACACAGAGGAAAGAGGGGCGGAGAAAGAGCGAAGGAUAGCUGAAGAACUCUUGCAGAAACAGUUAGAAGAGGAGAGGGCUAGGAUACCAAGAGCUCAUCCAUAUCCAUACACAACUGAUUAUCCUGUGAUUCCGCCAAAGCCAGAGGUGAAGCCAUGCACGAAACCAGUGCCGUUCGAACUGGAAAGUUUGGCAAGGCAUGAACAGGAGAUGCAGAGAGAAAUGGAGGAAAGGAUGAGGAUGGAAAUGGAAGAAGCUGAGAUGAGAAGAUUCAAAGCCCAGCCUAUCUUGAAAGAGGACCCGAUUCCACUCCCGGAGAAAGAGCGAAAGCCCCUCACAGAGGUUCAAGAGUUCAAUCUACAUGUCGAAAACAGGGCUGUCGAUCGAGCAGAAUUCGAUAAAAAGAUUAAGGAGAAAGAAAUGGUCUACAAGAGAUACAGAGAGGAGACAGAAGCUGCAAAGAUGAUGGAGGAGGAGAAGGCCUUGAAACAGUUGAGGAGGACUUUGGUUCCUCAUGCUAGACCAGUACCUAAUUUCGCGAACCCUUUCUUACCACAGAAGUCUGCUAAAGAGACUACGAAAGCCAAGUCCCCAAAGCUGCGCGUGAAUUAUAGGAAGGAGAAACGAAGGAUGGUCCCUGGUAAAGCUUCGGGUGCAGCAGCGUGCCAUAUGAGGUGACCGUGACCCGACCCCAAUGAUCGGUGUAGGGUGUUGUGUAUCGUUCAAGUCCCCUUGAACUACUCCAUGUGAAUCAUGUAUUUGUUUAUUAUUUUGUACAAGAGUAUGAUGUUAUUGUAAUGCAAAUAUGUUCAAAUGGUUGAAGAUAUAUAUGAUAAAUAAUCUCAUCUUUCA